UCUAAUGGCACCGGUGUGAAGGGGGACAACUGUGUUUACAGAACACAAACAGCUUGACAACAACUGGUACAACAUGGUACAUGUGUCACUUUGACAGCAGUCAUAUUUCUAGUGCCAAACCAUGACGUCACAGCUGUCAGUCAAAGAACACAACCUGCUCACUGGCAGGUUGGCACCAGAAGAAAUUCCAUCGGUCAAAGCACAGGUGAUCAGGGUUUACCUGUGUUCCACGGGGACAGACUCCGUGACCGAGAGGGAUGCUUUGGUGGAGUUUGUUUACCCCAGGCUAAGGGCUUACUGCAGGGACAAAUACAGCAUGGAGUUUCAGAUCGUUGACCUCCACUGGGGUCUGUCGCCCCAGAUGAUGACAUGUCAGAGUGACCUGACGUCACUGAGGAUCAGAGAAAUUCAGAGAUGUCAUGGACUCUCAGCUGGGCCAAACUUUAUUGCAUUUAUUGGACAAAAGUACGGUCCAGUUUCCCUCCCUGACGUCAUCAUGUCGGAAGAAUAUGACGCCAUCCGACUGGCCCUCCACGGCCACAGAGGGAGGGACACGAGGAACGCCCCCCUCCUGGACAGGUGUUACGUCAUGGACGGCAAUAACAUCCCGCCCGUCUACAUCUUAAAGGAGAAAUCUGUGCUGCUAGCUGAGGUACAGGCCAAUACAAAUGGCCCAACAUCAGGAGGGGCCAACAUAGAUGGCCAACCAACCGAAGAGGCCAACUGGGAGGAGCUACAACAGGAAAUCAAAUCGCUAAUACUGCGAGGGGCGGAGCUUGCCUAUAUGAAUGGGACGAUGGAGAGUGACUCAAAGGGCCGCUACUUCGCUUCGGAUCUUGAGAACCAGAUUUUGCUCGGCACCGAGAUUAACGAUAAUCCUAGAUUAAGAUCUGUGCUAAUCACGAGGACCAUCGCCGACCUGAAGAACUACACGGAAGAUUCCAGAACUCCCAGGUUCGCUGACCUGAAGAUGGACGAGAUGACGUCACGGCUGGAGAUGGACCCGGUAGCCCAGGAAAAGUUGGCCAAGCUGAAGAAGCGGGUGGGGAACUUGGUGGGGGAGGCCAACAUCACACAUCACGAUGUCUUGUGGCGGUACGAUGACGUCAUCCACCCCCAGCUGCACAAGGAAUACCUGCAGACACUGUGCCAGCGUCUGUUUGACAUCUGCGUCAGGCUGAUAGACGAGGGCGUGCCACUGCCAGACGUCCAGGGUAGUUUAACCCUGUGUGACGAGGCCAGACAACACUGGGCCAGGUGUCGCUACACGGCUUCCAGCUUCUACAACCAGCACCAGACCCUGCAGCAGCUCCAGGAUUACGUCACGGGCCUCUCCUGCCGGCCGCUGGUCAUCCAUGGGGCCCCGGGCUCGGGGAAGUCGAAGCUCAUCUCUAAGAUAGCCUUCCAUAUGUCCGAACUGCUGAAGGACGAUUACGUCAUAGUCCUGCGCUAUGCUGGACACACCCCCAGGUCUAACGAGUUACGUCAGCUGUUGAUCAGUGUCAGCCAACAGGUGGCGCUGGCCUGUGAGCUGUCUGUGCUGUCUGGACAGUCUGGACAGUCUGGACUGGCCGGACUGUCCGGGGAGAACCUCCCCCUCGAGCUCAAGGACUUGACCAAGUGCUUUAGAGAGAUGCUGGCAUCGGUGCCAGACACGACAAGACUGGUUGUCCUGAUAGAUGGCCUUGAACUCUUACACUCCGACGGUGUCUCUCUCAACUUGGAGUGGAUCCCAGCAUCCCUUCCUCCCAACGUCAAGCUGGUCCUGACAGCCCACCAGACCUCCCACGGGCUGCUGGAGAGACUCAAGCACGAGGUGCUGCCCCGGGACGCUGGGAGCUUCCUCGAGGUCCUGCCCUCCACGGUGGACGAGUGCGCGGAGAUGCUGACCAGCCUGCUCAAGUCGAUGGACAGAUCGGUCACCCCCGAGCAAAUGGCGGCCUUACGAGACGUCAUCCAGGGCGAGCCGUUGCCGCUGUACGUGGAACUACUGGCUAACAUCGCCAAGGAGUGGAACUCAUUCACAGACGCCGAGAGCGUGAAGCUUCCCCGGAGCUGCGAGGAAGGAAUCGCAGAACUUUUGGCCAGGCUGGAGAGCAAACACGGACUGGUGCUGGUCUCUAGGGCGUUCGCCUACAUGGUGGCGUCGUGCACGGGCCUCAGCGACUGCGAGAUGGAGGACAUUCUCUCGUUAGACGAGGACGUGCUGAACGAGCUGUUCCGAGACUUCCACCCACCACUCAGGAGGGUGCCCUACAUCAAGUGGAUCGGCCUGAAGCAGGACGUGGAGAUGUUCCUGUCCUACAGGGACGCUGACGGCGUCACGGUGACCAUGUGGCACCAUGACAGCUUCAUCCACGCCGUCAACUCCCGUUACCUAGGAGACGAGGCUGUGGUCACCUUGGUCCACUCCAACAUCGCUGAUUACUUCCUGGGAACCUGGGCCAACCGGGCCAAACCGGUUAAUAUCCCUAACCGGUCGUCUGUGAACCUGGACAGAAAAGUCCCCCAGCAGCCGUACACCUUCGGUAACCAUGACGACGGGAGCCUGCGCUACAACAAGCGAAUGUACAACCAGGUCCCCCGACACCUGCACCUCGCGGGGCGCCACAAGGAGCUGGACGCCCUGGUCUACUUCAACUACGAGUGGCUGUUCUGUAAGGCGAGGGCCCUCUCGCUCCAGCAUGUCAUUGACGACCUGGAGCUCCAGCCCUCGGAGGAGGUCGCCCUCCUGGAGGAGACCCUCCGCGUCUCCCGCGCCACCAUCGAGCGUGACCUCAGCGCCCUGCCCACACAGCUGACCGGGCACCUGCUGCCCUACUACCCCACCCACCCCAACAUCCGGUCCCUGAUCCGGCAGUGCGACACGGACGGGCUGAAGCAUUCGGGCGUGAUCCCCAACUUCCCCUACCAGCACGUGCCGGGCAGCUCCCUGCAGCUGACCCUCGAGUGCCCGGGGGUCAUGGAGCACAUGACCCUCAUCAACGACGACAAGCACCUGCUCGCCAAGCGAAGGGACGACCCCUACGUCCACACCUUUGACUUGACCACCGGGGAAUUAAAAUCUACAGUUCUGGUGUCCAACGGCGAACUGCACACGACACCAAACAACAAGUAUCUAAUUAUAGUCGAUCACGUGACAGAGAAGGCUAUCAAAAUUCACGCCUCCGAGAGCGGAGAGUUCCUGAAACAAAUCAUUGUACUGAACCACAUGGAGGGCAAGACGAGUCUGUACAAGAAAGGUCCCAUCUGUCUGACAGACGACAGGCUCUGUGCCGUCGUCACCCUGGCCAACAGUGUCCUGUGUAUCUGUGCCAUCCCGUCAGGCGAAGUCCUCCACAUCAUCCCGCUAGAGGGCAAGGCUCGCGUCUGCUGCAUCACGCCAGACGGCAGACGUGUCUUCUGCAACUCGAACGCCCACCUGCUGGCCUAUGACGUGUACACCCUGCAGCACCUGCUCACUGUCCCCAUCGGCUGCCACCCCACCACCCUCCUGCUCACACGAGACGGGCUCCGCGCCUUCAUCAGCAACGACAGCGAUACCAGACUGACCAUCAUGCACCUGAACGGAAACCAGGUCGACAUGACCUACAGGGCGGUGCUGGAGGACCGGAUGCCAGGAGACGCCAUCUUGGGGCUCACAGUCUCACCAAACGACGCCCUUCUGCUGAUCCGCGGUAGUAAAAUUCUGCUCGUCUAUCACCGGACCUCCGAGAAGAUCAUCGCAGCCUUCAGCAAGCCGGACGACGUCCCAGUAGAGAUGAAGCUACCCAGAGCCAACUACGUGCAGUCCGUGUUCGAGCGAGCCGAGUUCACGGCGGACAGCAGCUAUGUUGUGGCUACCAUGCUGAGAAACGUCUAUGUUUGGCACAUCCCCACAUCCACGAUGGUCAAGGUCAUCCAAGCCCCCAUCGGCCUCAUCACAGGCCUAGUGGUCUCGCAGACGAGAAGUCAGGUGAUCACCCACAUUGACGGCAGCACAGACUUGCAGGUGUGGAACAUUGGAGACGGGGUGAGCAGGGUCAACACACGUGAUAAGCUGACCGGUGCCAUCCGAGAGUUCCAGCCGGCCGCCCACAACCUGCUGGCCUUCGUCAAGUGUGAGCAGGGCGACGAGCUCGGCGUCAUUGACAUGUCCAGUGGCGUCAUCACGGACCUGCUGACGCACGACGCGCCAGUGCAGGACUUCGCCACCUCCCCCGACGGGAACUGGGUGCUGGUGUCCACCACCCCGCGACUGUCCGGCACCGCCUUCAAGCUGUGGGACAGGACGGAGAGACGCAUUGUCCUGGAGGUCGGGAAUGUCUCGGGCUACUGCGUCAGUUGUAGAGUCACUGACUCCGUGCUCAUGGUGGCGCAGAAGGAGAACUCGUUCAGCGCGCCUUACUACCUGUCUGCCCUUAAAUUUGACAAGCGGGAGUUUUUCGAGCACACGUAUGUACCAACUGUGACGUGCGUCAAGUCCAAGCCGUUUGUGACGCACGACGACCAGUACCUGGUCAUCCACUCAGCAGACGACAUCAACAACAACAGCGAGCAGUCGAGCGCGUGCAUCUGUGUGUUUGACCUGGCCGGCGAGAUGAGGAAGUCGACCUACGACUCCAGUAGCAUCCAGUUCUCUGACCAUCUGUACGACAUCCUCCAAGUCUGGCCGUGCGCACAGGAAAACACCAGUUUAAUCGCCGCCAUAUUUUCCUGUAAAAACUCUAAAGAUAACGCCCCGGAUGAUGAAGACGACCACACGAAUGAGAAGCCUCAAAGAACGUUCGGUUUCUUUCUGCUGGAUGUCCGAACUGGUUCCUUGACCGUGCUCUGUAUUCCUUUCCCGACACCGAGCUACGAGAUAGGCGCGCACCCUCUGACCUUCACCCCUGACUGCACGAUGUGUAUCGACGACAAGGCGAACAUCUUCCACACAACCUUGGGACGUUUCAUAGGCGUGGCCUCCCUCUCGGCCCUGCCGCCCCAAGCUUUUGCCCUACGGAACACGGUGUUGAUUUCCUACAAGGACACGACGCUGUACGUCACCCGAUUGGCUGAUGGGUUUCCCUUGGCCGUCUGCGACGUUCACGCAUGCGUAUGCCACGUCCACGUUUGUGCAGACGACCGGACUGUCUUGGUGGGCUGUACGGACGGCUCCUUCUUCUCGUACACGAUCAUAGACAACUCCCGAGACAACCCAACCUCCGUCCUGAGUGCUCUCCCCUCCAGGAAGGUCGGCAACACAGACAUGUUUGAAUACCGCAGCCCGAGCAGGUCCUGGGACAGAGUCGGGAAAAAUGGCUGCCCCAACUACUCACGCCCGCCGUCUGCUGUCUAUCCGGCCGGAAGUGACAAGCUACUGCUGAGACAGAUCAAACCCGUAUCACGUGAGAGGCCUAAAUCUGACACCGUGACGUCAUUCAAGUCACCCGUUUGUUCAGUCAUGUGAUCAAGAAAAAUUUUGUUAUGUAAAAAUAUGCUCUAGAAUUUGUUUAUCUCCCUUAACAAGUGUAAUUAUAAACAGUAUGUAUGAUUAUACAUACCGAUAGCCAUGUCUGACCAUUGUCAUUGAUUAUUUUUAUACAGUUAAUAGAAUCUCUUAUUGAAGAAUGUUAUGUUAUAUAAGAAUUGCUAUUUGUUUAUUUAGAUGCCUUUAAAGGUUAGUGUGUUAAUAUUGGUCCUCCUUCAAACAUUCGUGGGUAAAUAUUGGUCCUAGUUCAACCAUUUGUGGGUUAAUAUUGGUCCUAGUUCAACCAUUUGUGGGUUAAUAUUGGUCCUAGUUCAACCAUUCGUGGGUUAAUAUUGGUCCUAGUUCAACCAUUUGUGGGUUAAUAUUGGUCCUAGUUCAACCAUUCGUGGGUUAAUAUUGGUCCUAUUUCAACCAUUCGUGGGUUAAUAUUGGUCCUAGUUCAACCAUUCGUGGGUUAAUAUUGGUCCUAGUUCAACCAUUUGUGGGUUAAUAUUGGUCCUAGUUCAACCAUUCGUGGGUUAAUAUUGGUCCUAUUUCAACCAUUCGUGGGUUAAUAUUGGUCCUAGUUCAACCAUUCGUGGGUUAAUAUUGGUCCUAGUUCAACCAUUUGUGGGUUAAUAUUGGUCCUAGUUCAACCAUUCGUGGGUUAAUAUUGGUCCUAGUUCAACCAUUUGUGGGUUAAUAUUGGUCCUAGUUCAACCAUUCGUGGGUUAAUAUUGGUCCUAGUUCAACCAUUUGUGGGUUAAUAUUGGUCCUAGUUCAACCAUUCGUGGGUUAAUAUUGGUCCUAUUUCAACCAUUCGUGUGUUAAUAUUGGUCCUAGUUCAACCAUUCGUGGGUUAAUAUUGGUCCUAUUUCAACCAUUUGUGGGUUAAUAUUGGUCCUAUUUCAACCAUUCGUGGGUUAAUAUUGGUCCUAUUUCAACCAUUCGUGGGUUAAUAUUGGUCCUAGUUCAACCAUUCGUGGGUUAAUAUUGGUCCUAGUUCAACCAUUCGUGGGUUAAUAUUGGUCCUAUUUCAACCAUUCGUGGGUUAAUAUUGGUCCUAUUUCAACCAUUCGUGGGUUAAUAUUGGUCCUAUUUCAACCAUUCGUGGGUUAAUAUUGGUCCUAGUUCAACCAUUCGUGGGUUAAUAUUGGUCCUAUUUCAACCAUUCGUGGGUUAAUAUUGGUCCUACUUCAAACAUUCGUGGCUAUCGGAACUGAAUAUCAUAAUUAUCGAAACAUUAUUUACAUGUUGUUACUGCUGUUUCAUGUGAGACACUUAUAUGUAUAUCAUCUUUGUUACAGUGGGUGCCUUGUAUCAGACAGUAUAAGUGGGAGCCUUGUAUUAUUACAGUGUAAAUGUGUGAAACUUUUUAUCAAACAGUAUAAAAGUGGGGACCUUGUAUCAGACUGUAUAAAAGUGGGGACCUUGUAUCAGACAGUAUAAAAGUGGGGACCUUGUAUCAGACUGUAUAAAAGUGGGGACCUUGUAUCAGACAGUAUGAAAGUGGGGACCUUGUAUGAGACAGUGUAAAAGUGGGGACCUUGUAUCAGACAGUAUAAAAGUGGGGACCUUGUAUGAGACAGUAUAAAAGUGGGGAUCUUGUAUCAAUAAAGUGGGGACCUUGUAUCAGACAGUAUAAAAGUGGGGACCUUGUAUCAAUAAAGUGGGGGCCUUGUAUCAAUAAAGUGGGGACCUUGUAUCAGACAGUAUAAAAGUGGGGACCUUGUAUCAAUAAAGUGGGGACCUUGUAUCAGACAGUAUAAAAGUGGGGACCUUGUAUCAAUAAAGUGGGGACCUUGUAUCAGACAGUAUAAAAGUGGGGACCUUGUAUCAAUAAAGUGGGUACCUUGUACCAGACUGUAUAAAAGUGGGGCCACUAUGCUGUAGAUCCUAGAAUCGUCUCCCACGUUUGAAAGGCCGGUGACCAGAUUUGUAUCUGCGACUUAAAGUUUAUCUGUAGAUAGAUCAUAUCUAUCUGAUAGCAAUCUUCUGUGUUACAUGAAACCACGCUGAGAUCCGUGUGAACAGUUGUCCAUUGUAAUUGUAUAGAAUACACCACACUGGCAUGAGAUAAAACACAGGUUUUGCUGUUAAUUACAUAGAGUUAACGCGCUUGGGCUGUGUAAAAGCUGUUAACUAUGUAGGGGAGAUCAACUUGUCAGAAUGAUGAUACACUCCCCUACAUCACAAGAAAACUUUUCAUGUAAACUGAUCUUGUUUUCUUAGAAGCGUCUUUCUGGGAAAAUUUGGGGCUACGUUUUCUUGGAUUUAAAUAUUUUCAAAUAAAUUCAUAACUUUUUAAACGUAUGGUCCUAUUUUAAAUAAUGUACAUUAUCCUUAAAACCUAUUUUCAAGUUGACAUGUAAGUUUAUUACUAAGAACACAAUCUAUCAUUAAUUUUUCAAGAAAAAUGUGAAUGUAGUAUGAAAGGCAGUUUUGAAUCGUUACAAUCUAGAUCUAUAUUAAACAAUCUAAUGUGAGGACGGAGGGUGCGCGUGUAAGUUCUUGUUUUAUUUUCGUAUAAAACUUUACUAUUCGUUUAAGUGUAAAUUAUCAAACAUUUAUUCUGAAAGCUUACAUUGAAUUUAAAAUGUAGGUACUUUUCUACAAGUUUACAUUUUUUCUUAGCUACAGUAACACCUUGUCUUCCAACCUGUAGCCCGUAACAUUUAAACUUAUCCAACACACUUACGUAUUUUGUUAGCUUUUCAAUACUGGUAUUAAAACAAUGUAGCUAAUUAAUUUACAAUAAAAUGUUGAAUUA